AAAAAAUUCUGGUCUACAUCCUGGCAAAAGAAUCCUGCUCAUAUGAACAACUUGAAGCCGGGGAGUGAGAACUGACAUGUUGACGGCUGUCCUGUGUUUCGCCCAGUCGGAGCCGAGCUCACCCAGCAGUGGACGGUGACUGCCCGUUGCAGACGAGCAACUUCCACGUCUAUGAAGGGUUUGCGUGAAUGGACCUCGUGCAUGCGAGGUUUCUCUUCACACUUGGUGGUAAACGAAAGCCUGUCGUGACCUUAAUCCCAGUCUUUACCCGCAAGCGUGGCUACGCAACUAAGGCUACAGCGCCAACCAGUGAGUCAUUUCUCCUUUCUCAUCGAGGUCAACAGGAUGAAAGUGCUUGCGGCAAGCUUGGCAGCGACGGUCUCCACAGUCCUCCUACCUACGACUCAAGGAUGGUGGGACAAUGGGCACAUGCUGGUCGGCGAGGUUGCCAAGCAGCUUAUGGACAAGGCCGAUGUCACCACUAUCGAGAGUAUUUUGUCCAGGUGGGAUGAGGACUUUCCCAACACGGGCGAGAUCACCACGACUGCAGUUUGGAUGGACAUUGUCAAGUGCACAGCCGAGAGUUCAACUUGCUUGACUCCGGCCUCGCCUUCCAUCACGAGCAUGAGCGACUGGCACUACAUCAACCUGCCACUCAAUAUCAAUGGGGACAAGUGGGAGGACAAGGACACCGACCUGACGCUGUAUGACGACAUUAUGGGAGGUGACGGCAUCUCGGUGAUCGAGGGCGUCGUGAAGUCGUUCAAGACGACCAAGUCCAAGUGGGCCGCUAAUCUGUUCCUUCGCAACUUCAUCCACAUCUUCGGUGACCUCCACCAGCCGCUGCACACAGUCGCGGGGAUCAGCGAAGCCUUCCCUGAAGGUGACGGCGGCGGUAACAGCGAGACUUUCACGUCGCCUUGUGCGUUCAGCAACCCACACGCAGUCUGGGAUGCCGCUGGUGGCCUGUACAGCCUCAACAAGUGGAGCUUGAGUAUCGAAAGCUUCAGGCCGACACUGGAGAGUAACGCUUCAGAGCUGAUCGCACUGCUCUCGAGCGUCCAGGACAACAUCACCUUCUCGCAGUACGAGAACGUGACGUACAAUGAACUGAACGCGGCUCUGGUUACCAACCAGGUGCUGCGUGAAGUGGCUCUGGAGACGUACAAUUUCGCUAACACCAUCGUGUACUCUAAUCUGGACCUGAAUGCCACGAGCUCUGGAACUUACCCGUGCCCAUCGGCUUUGUAUCUGGCUAUGGCUGGAGAAGUCUCGCAAAAACGAAUCGCGAUCGCCGGUAGUCGGCUUGCUGUUGUUUUGAAGCACUUUGCUGCCCAGCUGCGAGUGCUUGGACUAGCGGACUAAGUCGAUUUAACUCCACGGUCCAGCUCGGCGAGUGCAUACCUAAAUACAAAAUACCACGCUACAUAUUAUCCACUACACGUGGGAUAAGUCCUCUUUAGUACGGAUAGCCAAGUCAUUCGCAAGUGACAGAGUCCUGAAGGUGUCGGCAUUGUUUCACAUGACUUCUCCAGAGAAUACUCCAAUCAGAACCGACAGGGAUUCCCAGGUUUAAUUUAGUUAAUGUCCACGUAUUAAUGCAGUUAACCUUUCGUCAUCCU